AUGACUCCGCGGGGAGGACCGCCACGCUGGCAGCGCUCAGCGGUUCCGUUUGUUCCCCCGCUCAGGAUCGCCCCCGCGUUGCUGAGGCAGGCGUCUUAUGGCACCAUAAAGAUUGGCAUUUACCAGAGUUUGAAGCGGCUGUUUGUGGAUCGGAUGGAAGAUGAAACGUUGCUAAUCAAUGUAAUCUGCGGAGUGGUGUCAGGGGUGAUCUCCUCUGCAAUUGCCAACCCGACAGAUGUGCUGAAGAUUCGAAUGCAGGCUCAAGGCAGUUUAUUCCAGGGCGGCAUGAUUGGCAGCUUCAUUGACAUCUACCAGCAGGAGGGCACCCGAGGCCUCUGGAGGGGUGUUGUCCCAACGGCUCAGAGAGCCGCCAUCGUGGUCGGGGUGGAACUGCCGGUCUACGACAUCACCAAGAAGCACUUAAUUCUGUCAGGCCUGAUGGGUGACACCAUCUUUGCCCACUUCGUUUCCAGUUUUACAUGCGGGCUGGCCGGGGCCAUUGCCUCCAACCCUGUGGACGUGGUGCGGACACGGAUGAUGAACCAGCGGGCGAUAGUGGGCAGCACGGAGCUCUAUAAGGGCACCCUGGAUGGCCUUGUGAAGACGUGGAAGAGCGAGGGCUUCUUUGCGCUCUAUAAAGGUUUCUGGCCCAACUGGCUCCGGCUCGGUCCCUGGAACAUCAUUUUUUUUAUCACGUACGAGCAGUUGAAGCGACUUCCAUUCUGA